UGUCUCUUUAAGGCAGAAACGGGAACUCUCUGGCUGCCACUUUGAGGAGUUUAGCCCAGAUCCCUGUUUUCAUUAGCGCUUCGUUUCAUCUCCUCCUCUUCCCCCCGGCCCCACCUCCUCGAUCGGCAUUUCUGCAUCCUUUGUGUGCAUCCACAGCCGCAGGUGAAAGUCGGGCUGGCACCGCGCACACCUCUCACACCUCCCUGCGGGCUGGACGCUCCCCUGCCGCGGGAGAGAUCCCUGCCACAGUCCCGAUCCUCCUCCUCCCGGGCGGGCUUGGCUGCGGGCAUCCCGCUCCUCGCCCGAGGCUGCUCCGCCGCUCCUGACGGCGCCGGCAGCAGCAGCGGCAGCGCGGGGCACGGAGGAGCUGCGGGACCCCGGGGACAGAGCUCUGCAGGGAGCCCAGCCCAGCUGGGGGCGACAGCUGAGCCUGGGGUGGUCAGAGCAUCCCCAGCGUCUGGAGCAUCCCCAGCGUCCAGGAUAUCCCCAGCGUCCAGGAUAUCCCCAGCAUUUGGAGCAUCCUGGAGCCCAGAGCAUCCCCAGCGCCCAGAGCAUCCCCAGCGUCCAGGAUAUCCCCAGCAUCUGGAGCAUCCUGGAGCCCAGAGCAUCCCCAGCGUCCAGGGUAUCCUGGGUGCAGAGCAGCUCUGGCAUCUGGAAUAUCCAGGGAUGCAGAGCAUCCCCAGCAGCUGAAGUAUCCUGAGUGCAGAGCAGCCAGAGCAUCUCGGUGUUGUGUUAUUCCCUGGUCCAGAGCAUCCAGAGCAUCCAGAGCAUCCAGGGCAUCCUGCCAGCCCUGGCAUCUCGAGAACCCUGCCAUCCAGCCCGUCCCCAGCAUCCAGGAGCAGCACCCAGGGAUGUCCCAGAGCAGGGGGAUUUACAGGCACGAGGAACUGCUGUGAGUACUGGGGAGGGAACCUUGGUCCUGCUGAUCGGCUCCUGGGAAUGUCACUCUGCCCUGAGUGCCAGUGAAGAGAGAGAGAGGGGGAAGAGGGAGAGGAGGAGGAGAAGAGAAGGGAGGACGGACACCGAGCAGAGAUGAUCUUCCUUCCCUGGUUCCAGCCAUGAUCACGUAGCACAGGCCACACCAGAGAAGGUCCCCAGCCCCAGAGCCAGCCCUGCCCCGGCUCCUCAUGGAGGGGGGCCUGGGGGCCCCCAACGCCAGCGUGCUGGGGGAGCACUCCCUGCUGGCAGGCAGCAGCUGGGUGGCCGCCUUCCUCUGCUUCAUCAUCCUGCUCACCACGACGGGCAACUUCCUCCUCAUCCUCCUCAUCGUCACCCAGCGCUCCCUCCGCAACACCUCCAACUACUUCCUGGUGUCGCUCUUCAUGUCCGACCUGAUGGUGGGGCUGGUGGUGAUGCCCCCGGCCAUGCUGAACCAGCUCUACGGCCGCUGGGUGCUGCGGGGGGACCUCUGCUCCCUCUGGGCCUCCUUCGACGUCAUGUGCUGCAGCGCCUCCAUCCUCAACCUGUGCGUCAUCAGCCUGGACCGCUACCUGCUGAUCACGUCCCCGCUGCGCUACAAGCUGCGCAUGACGUCCUGCAGGGCGCUGGGGCUGGUCCUGGCCGCCUGGGCCUUGGCCGCGCUCGCCUCCUUCCUGCCCAUCAAGAUGGGCUGGCACCAGCUGGAGCUCGAGGCGCAGCCGCUGAACGUCACCGGGCGGGGGGACGAGGAGCAGUGCCGGCUGCUGGUCAGCCUGCCCUACGCCCUGGUGGCCUCCUGCCUCACCUUCUUCCUGCCCUCGGCCGCCAUCUCCUUCACCUACUGCCGCAUCCUGCUGGCGGCGCGCAGGCAGGCCGUGCAGGUGGCCUCCCUGGCCUCCAACGUGGCCACUGCCGCCGACGAAGCCACGGCGCAGGAUCUGGAGCAGCAAAUGCUGCUUUCCUUGGGCAGAGGUUGGUGCCAGGGAGAGCUGCCCACUGCUCCCUGUCUCCCGCAGGUCCCACGCGCCCCGAGCCAGCCCCUGGCCGGCAACGAGAGCAGGAGGUUCACCAACAAGCACAGCAAGAAGGCUCUGAAGGCCAGCCUGACCCUGGGCAUCCUCCUGGGCAUGUUCUUCGUGGCCUGGCUGCCCUUCUUCAUCACCAAUGUGGCACAGGCAGUUUGUGACUGUGUCCCGGCCGGAUUCUUCGAUGUGCUCACCUGGCUGGGCUACUGCAACAGCACCAUGAACCCCAUCAUCUACCCGCUCUUCAUGAGGGACUUCAAGAGAGCCAUGGGCAAAUUCCUGCCCUGCUGCCGGCGCCCCGCCGAGCCCCGGCCCAGCGCCGUGUCCCUGUCCAUGAGGAACUCCCACAGCGGGCCCCGCGCCGCCGCCUCCCUCAAGAACGUGCUCACCCUGCAGGCUGAGAGCAGCUCCCUGGGCUCCGGGGCACCGGGCGGGGACCCCCGGCCGCCCCCAGCCCCGCCGGGCCCCGGCGCUCGCCCCCUCAGCCUUUGGGACGCGGAGCCCCCGGACACGGAGCUGCAGCUCGGCACCCCGGUGGCCUGAGCGGGGCACGCAGGGCUCUGCGGGCUGCAGGGAUCCCCAACACAAACCCGAUGGGAAUUUGCCACAAGCCAUCUCCCGAAUUCCCUGCUCCAGCACACGGCGCAGCUCAAGGAGGGGAUGCUGGCCCCGGGCACUGUCGCAAGGAGGAUCCGUGCACAGCCAGGUGUUGCUGCUGAAUUAACCUGCCUUGUCUCUCUCUCUUUCACCCCUCCUGUGCUCACUGUCACCAUCCCCUAACCCUUCCCGUGGCCUUUCCAUCUCUGGUGAGUCUGAACCUCUGAUUCCAGACUCUCUGUCUCCCUGACCUCAGACCAAGGCUUGGUUUUGCACACACAGAGCUCAUCAGUUUUCCUCCAAGUGCACCCAGGAGAGUGAUGGAAAAACAUCCCGUGGCUCAUGGAGAAGAGGCCUGGGGCUGCUUCAGCAGGAACAGUGAGGUUUGGGGCUGCUUCAGCCCAUGGAGCAUCACAGCUCCCUGGAGCUGGAGCUGGAUCUCCUCACUGGAGUCGUGUCUGUCUCAGGUUCCUGUCACACAGCGUGCCCCAGCUUGGUGGCAGUGCCACGUCUUGUCACACAGAGCUGCACUGUGUGGCUGAUUUGGUGCAGAAUGUCCCACACUGGUUUCUGGGUGUUCAGUGGGGGGCAGCUCACGGUGGCUCCGUGGGUGUCUCAGUGGUAACGGGAUCAGCUCCUCCCACAGCUCCAUCCCUCAGCUUCCCACUCCUGGCACAGGACAAUCUCAUUUCCCUCUGACAAUCCACCCUGUCCUCAAUGAUGCAAUUAGAAAAUGCACUUUUUCUCCCUUCAAAUAAGAAUCUAAAGGAAUAUUGUACUUUAAAUGACAAUGCCAGCCACCUUCCCAGAGCCAUAAUCAGAGUAAAUGGGACUGAGUAAAUGUGACAAGUGGGCACUUCAAAAAAAAUCAAUAAAACAAAUUAUUUUAGUAAAUUCUUCCUCAAGUGCCUUUGGGCUGGCAGUUGGCUGCUGUGCCCUCUCUGGACCCUUCACUCCAAGCCUUCUAAUUCCAGGACUGUUCUGGAACUCCCUGAUAUCCCAAUGGACACAGAGCAUCCCCUGGAUACAGGAUGCUGGAAGAAGUAGCCACAUGCCAGGCCACUUCCAGUUCUCCUUCCACGUUGCCCACGGAUGUUCCAGAACUGAAGAGGAGUUUGUAUGACCAACCCAGCAUUUCCUUGCCACAAAUCCCUUGGGAGCCAGGGCUGAGUGACCGGGACAUGCUGAGGGCUCCAAUCUCAAACUGUUCAAUGCAUUUUGCCACAGAUGGAGCUUGGGGCUGGUGUUGAGCACCCAGAUCAAGACGUGCAUCACCCCACAAUGGCUUUACAAAAUACAAGCUUGGACUACAACCUGAGUUAAAAAGGAGCAGAAAAAGGCACUGUGGAGUCUGAAGUUUGCUAGGUACCAAAUCAGCCUCAGGAGAUGGACAGAGAGAGAGGAGAGUCACCUCUUCAAGCCAAACGUUCAAAAGCAAUCAUUCCUACUGUCUCAUCCAGGCAGUUCUGUGUAAUCAGGAGUUUCCUUGUGGACAGAGCCUCGGAUGAGCAGAGAAAUCCCAUCCCACCCCUGCAGCACCAACACCAGCUGGCAGAGCAGCCCCAUCCCUGUGGGAUCCCACAGCCAGGGCCUCCCAUCUCCACAGCCAGGCACCGCUCCAGGUCAGAGCUGGGCAGCUCUGAGCCCCCUGGGAUGCUGGAUUUAGGAACUGCCAGGCACUGAAUCCAAACCGUGGGGCUCUGCUGGGUCACAGCACCACCCCCAAACCCAGCCGUGUCUGACUCCACCAGGAAUAAUCUGCAGGUAAGGUUUGCAGGAAGCUGGGAAGGGGAGGGGGGAUUAAUGGGGCUGCUGGGUCAGCAGGGAGGAGGAGGAGGGGGAGAACCCUGUAUGAACCAAAAUUGGAAGGUGCAACCCAAAUAUUUCCCCUCUCAUGAGUCAACAGGACCCCCAGAUGGGGGUGGGAGUGUUUGAACCCUCCCUCGUGGCAAAGCACAAAACCCCAGGGGUGCCCCAGAGUGGGGUUACCUGCCUGCCACGCUCCUGCCAGAUGCACUUGCCUGGGCUCAGCAGCAAAACAGGCCAGAAAAGGGGAUUUUUUGGAGGAUGUGGAUCAUCCCCACAAGGUUCUGGAGCUGUGCUGACAGGGGAUGUAGAGCUAUGUCCUUCCCUCUGCUCUGAGACUGGGGAUGAAGAGAGUGGAGCCAAUUCACUUCUAUGGAAGGAAGUACAAAUCAAACAGAUCCAUGUUUAUCCUGUGCCAAGUAUUGGUUUUGUUCUAAGCCAAUUAAAAAUAUGUCUGGAUGGGGCUUUUGAGGCUGGAGAUGUCUGUGGGACACAAAAGGAAAGUCUCAGUGGGUUGCUGGCUUGGAGGAAUUUUCAUAGACCAUCCCAAACCUCCUCGGUUUCCCUGCUGCUUUCACCCAGGGUCCCAAACAUGUUUCUAACAGGAACAGGGCCUCCAACACCCACCAACCCCAGCAUGGAGACAGGGAAACAGGCUUGGAGAUGGAA